AUGGGUGUUGCUGACCAUAGCAAAAGCACAUACCUGGAACUUCAGCGAAAGAAGGUUCACCGGUAUGUGAUUUUUAUGAUUGAUGAAAAGAAAAAAGAGGUGGUGGUGGAAAAGACUGGGAGCCCAGCUGAGAGCUUUGAUGAUUUCACUGCUUCGUUGCCUGAGAAUGACUAUAGAUAUGCAGUUUUUGACUUUGAUUUUGUGACUUCUGAGAACUACCAAAAGAGCAAAAUCUUUUUCAUUUCAUGGUCUCCAUCUGUAUCAAGGAUCCGUUCCAAGAUGCUUUAUGCAACAUCAAAGGACAGGUUUAGAAGGGAAUUGGAGGGAAUCCAUUACGAGAUUCAGGCAACUGACCCAACUGAAGAUGGAUAUUGAAGUCCUUAGAGACCGUGCAAACUAAGCACUUGAUAGAACUCUGCUUCUAUUAUUUAUAUAUGAGAGACAGAUUACAAUAUCAAGGGAGAUUUAGAGAGCUCCCGUACCUCUCCUUCCUAUCCUUCUAUGGACUCAAGUGCAAAAAGAUAAUCCCCUCAAGAAGCAGAAAAGUACAUAUACUAACCUCAAGGAAUAAUCCAGAAAUUCUCUCCUCUAACUAACUUUAGACCCCUCUGCCACGUAUAACAUUUUCCUCCCUGGGCCAACAAGAGAACGGUUUGCACUUACUCUCUCACCCUCCCCUUCCUCCUCACAUAUACCUUUGUGAUGGGAGGUCCAUCAGCACUACACUCGAAUUUAAACGAAUCCCCAUUAAGGAAUACUUAGAGAUCUAUUAUACGACAUCAUGACUGUGCCUUAUUAAUUCCUAAAACUAAAAAUGUUCCUAUAUAUAUCUGAGUCGUUAAUGGCCACCUGUGAAGGCUGAUUAGGGGCUUGUGAUUUUGAUAGCCACUGCCGCCAGCAGGAUAACUGGAGCUUCUUCCUUACUGCCACGAUGCUUCUAAGGUGAUGUUGUAAACUUGUCUUGAAGUACUUUCUCAAUCUAAAACAUGACCACCAGUCAGGUCUUCUCUUUAUAUU